AUGGUUAAAGAAUUUUUACAUACUUCUUAUGAUAAAUUAGAAAAAGUAAAUCCUUUUUUAAAUUUGCCGCAACAGUUGCCCAUCAAGAUAUUGCUUCUACACGGUCUAGAAGAUAGUAUGCUAGAUUGGCGAGCGACUUCUAAUAUUUAUCACCAACUAACUAAGGAUAAAAAACUAAAUAAGGGCAAAAUUAAUCUUUACCUUUGUAGUAAUGCUGACCACGGUGAUUUACCUUUUAUCGCUGAUUUUGUUCCGGACAAAGUUGAUUGGGCUAAAGCCAAAGAGGAAUUAAUCGAUUGUUUAGGCUAUUUUUUAGGCUUGAGUGACUUUUUUGACAAAACCAAUGAUUUAUAUGUAGAAGAAAAUGAAAAAUUUUAUAAUUUAGAAAAUGGAGCAAUUGGAGCCAAAGAAAAAAAUACUUAUUAUGAAUGGUUAAAGACUUUUAAUCGUGUAUGCGAAAAAUUACAAAUUAACGAAAAAGAAUUAUUAAAUAUUUAUCUAGAAAAAUAUAAUAAAAAUUUGCAAAGGGCUCAUGCUAAAUAA